AUGCAUAUAUAUGUAUAGUUAACUACUAGUGGUAGUGCAUUUCAAAUAGUUCGACAGUUGUAGUAAUUGAUCUCUCGGAUAUACUUUACUUUCUCCAUCUGAAAAAUGCAGCAGGAAAGUCAAAUGGAGGAGCCUCUGCUUUCAGUGAAAAGUGAAGUUGGAGAUAAAGAGAGCGAUAAAUGGAGUUCGUAUCAGUAUGUGGGAAGGGUAGGUUCCGUAAUUCCGACCACUUCCUUGGCCGAAACAGAAGUCAGCGUCGACGAGAUUCGAUCCGCCGCUGCCUUUUCCGACCGCUACCCUCCGUCUCUCCAUGCCGCUUUGGUUGACACCACCGAUUUCCCUCCCGAUUCAGACCAAGCCAUUGUUUACCAAGGUCAAGGAGGAGGUUAUGGUGGAAGCACUGACAUUGUUCAAAGGCAAAUAUUGGAUGAGGUAGAGAUACGGGAGUUGCUCAUUGAUCAUGUUGGUCAUCGAUGCUGUUGGGGAAGUCGCCCAGCUCGGACCUGGAAGAUUCAUGCAGUGGAAGACUGCAAUGUUUAUGUGGGAACUCUAGAAACUUUCAUAGAGGAGAGGGAAACCAUAAAAGAGACAGAGCCAUACCUUGGUGGACAAAUUGAUGGAAAGGACAAGGGGGCAGAACUAGGAAUCUGGGAAUUGGAUUUGAGAUCUGAAUUUCCUGUUCUAUUUACACCUCAUAACGAGUCAAGGGCUAAGAUUCCUCAUUCUGAAGCUAUUGUGAAAUGCUCAGUUUGUGCUGGACGAGGAGGUAUUGUGUGCUCUACAUGCAAUGCAGAUCAAGAACCUGGAUUUUACAAGGAAAACCAGAUGACUCAGUGCGCUGGUUGUUAUGGAAGGGGUUUAAUUGCUCAUAAAGAUGGAUCUGACACAAUAUGUGUGAAAUGUGAUGGUAAAGGAAAGAUUCCUUGUGCAACUUGUGGAUCUCAUGGGCUAGUUAAAUGCGGGACAUGUCAGGGUUGUGGUUCUCUUUUGACACGUAAUAUAGCCGUUGUUAGAUGGAAGACGGUUUCAACUCGAAAAGUAAGUGCAACAAGCGGAGCAGGCUCUGUUCCGGAUGAGGUCUUCCACAGAGCCAAAGGGGUUAUGUUGUGCAACACUCAGGCCUAUCAGUGCACUCCUGCCUUUUUUGCCGAUUCAUUCUUCCUGAACAAGUUCUCUUCUGAUGUUAUCGCAGACAGGGAUCCUGUGCCUCCUACUGCAAGGGUCAUAUGUGAGAGGCAUACCAUCUCCGUCGUGCCAGUGACACGUGUCACCAUGUCUCAUCGUGGUCGGUCCUUCAGUUUCUAUAUUAUUGGUUUUAGCAGAGAGGUGUACUUGAAGGAUUACUAUCCUUCUAGGUUUUGCUGGGGGCUAUGCCCAUGCUUGGAGUGGUUGAAGUUAUAACCAGGGGAUCAUAAAUUUUUAUGCCAUACAAAUUAGCUGGUGACAUCAGAGCUUGGAUGGAAGGACCUCUCUGUCUCUGAGCUCUGUUGCUUUAUGGUUGCUGUUGUUCUAGAUGGUAUCAGGUCUGUUGUUGAUAUGUUGUUUUAUAAGGUCUCUUUCUUAGUAAUCGGAAUGGUUUGAAGGUAUUUGCAUAUUUGGUGGAAAAGGAAUCAAGCUUUGCAUAAUGCUUCUCAGGUUGCCGGGAAAAUCAUAUUUGGGAAACUACUGAUCUGUUGGGAUUGCAACUUCAAAACAUUGUGGAUGGAGUGCUGGCUUAAGUUUGAGGUUUUAAUAGUUUUUUUUCUUUUUUAGUUGAUAGCGUUGUGGGGGUGGUCCUGUGUUGUCAUAGACUGGUCUGGCCCCUUGAUGUGUUUUUGGUUUUUGUUUCUCGUUUUGGUUGGCUGGCUUUUGGAAGUGGGUAUUUCUAAGCUGUGCUGUGUUUUCAGAAGGGUGUGCCCUUCUAGUUGCUUGCAUUAUGUUGUUUUUGGUUAAUAAUAUUUUGUUUAGGUAAAAAAAAAAAUUUGCAUAUUUUUUUCAGGUUUGAAACUGCCUUUUGUGUGUUUCUUGCUCUUCGGAAUUAUGGAUAUGAGAGACCUUUGUUAGUUGCUACUCAAAAAAACCUGUCUUUUACUUCAGUUAGACAAAGGGAAAGAAUGGUAGUUCUUCAGAAUUUUACUCCUUUAGACUUGGAAGAUUGUGUUUUCAUUGGCCGGGCGUUACAUAAAUGCUACCCCGGGGUAUUAAAUAAUUUUUCAUUAAAUGUUUCGAACUGUACUUACAAAAUCGGUUUUUAUGCCAUUCCUUUCUCUCUUAUAAGAGUAGUGCUAUUUUCCAGAGUACAUAGAAACCGACAAAAUGCGACUCCUAUGUGGUUGUUAGUGUAUGGUUCAACUGUUCACAAGAAUUGUAAAUUUUUUUUUUU